CACACUUUUUGCUCUGUAUCCUUUUCUCACUCUUGCACAAUUUUAUUUUUUUUAUUUGUUCCAAUAUGAGUCAGCCAUCAGACACAACUCAAAUUCAUAUUGCAAACCAAGGUAUCAUUCAAGGUGCAUUGGAUCCAAACAAAGAUGUUGUUCGCUUCUUGAAUGUUCCCUUCGGUGUUGUUCAGGAGAGAUGGCGGCCUGCUGUUAAGCCUGAGCCAUGGACCGGUGUUCGUGAUGCGACCAAAUUAGGACCAGUCUGUCCUCAACCCAAAGCAGAAGGGCGCAUUUCAAGGCACAUCAAUACUUUUUCACCUGUCGACUUUGACGAUGAAACCACCGAGUUUGAUGAGAAACAUUGUCUAAACCUCAACGUUUUUGUGCAUGAGGACACACUAAAGAAGAAGGUGGUCGAGACAGCAGAAGUAAAAUCCAAAGGCGCAGCCGUUGUUGUAUUCAUUCAUGGGGGCGGAUCCUGUGAUGGCGCCAAUGUUAUGGAGCUCUAUGAUGGCAGUAAUCUGGUCCGCCAGGCAACAAAGCUAGGGCGUCCUGUGAUUGUGGUUGUUCCCAACUAUCGACUUAACUUCCACGGGUUCUUCUCUUGUCCAGAGCUUAUUGCAGAUAUUGAGUCGGAUCCAAAUCUCAAGACUGAUUACGAGAGGGCUACCGGGAACUGGGGACUUCAAGACCAACGUCUUGCGUUUGAAUGGGUCCACAACAACAUUGCAGCUUUUGGUGGUGAUCCCUCCAAUAUCACGGCUAUGGGUCAAUCAGCUGGUGCUGUAUGCGUCAAUUACCACAUGUUAAUCCCUCAGCAUCAUGGCCUCUUCCAUCGAGCGAUCAUGCAUUCUGGCGCUUUUACCCCUCUUACAGCCAUUCGGCCCCAUGUGGAAGGAAAGCUUUACUUUGAUUUUCUGGUCGAUCAUUUUAAUAUUCCAAAGGAGUUGUCCGGGAAAGAGAAGCUUGAGCUACUGAAAAAAGUGCCAAGCAUGGAGCUGGCUUUAGCUGUAUCUUCUAAGAGGGUUCGACUGGUCACACCUUAUGCGGACGGACUGAUGGUUCCUAAAGAUAUUUACAUACGAGCCCAAAAGGCUGAAAUGUUCGACCAAGGGGUCAAAGCUGUCAUGGCUGGAUGCAUGUUAAAUGAGGCGAGCUCGCUUCUACCGGCCAUGGGCCCCACAACACUAAAAGGGCUGCCAAGGUUGUACGAGAGGUUCUGUCCUCCUGAUGAAGUCAGCCAACAAUUGUGGGAAAAGGUAUAUGGGAAGCCAAAGACUGAUUUAGAUGCUAAAAAAGUAUCUGAGCAAGUGUUGGAUCAUUGUGUGUUUGCCUACCCAGUUUUCUCUGUCUUGCGAGUGCUCUCCAAGCGCAAAGAUUUGGACUCCUCCCAACCAUCAACACAGUCGUUGCGCGAGGGUUCAAAGGAGGGAGAAGAAAGGUUCAAGUUAUUUCAGUAUUAUUUUGAACGCUCUAUUGAGGCAGUGGAUGCUGUUGGCCGUGGCUGGGGUGCGCAUCAUGGUCUUGAUCUUGUGUAUGUGUUCGGACCAGACUAUGCACUCGAGAAAGUCUUGAAUGAGGAUGAAAAACGAUUCAUGGAGCGAGUACAGACGAUGUGGAUCCAAUUUGCGUAUGGAGAGACUACUGGAACAAAGACAAAGGAUGGGGUGGAUCUUUUCCCAGCCAGGAUCACACAUCCCUUGGAUGACUACAAGCACCAUAGCACCGCUAAAGAAGCUAUAGUCCUGACACCUCAGUGCACUGUCGAAGCAGAACAUGUUGCUAGGGAAGGCAAGGAUGUGAUGGAGUUGUGGGACAGAUCUGAAGCAUGGGCCUAUCAGAUACGUCAAAGGAAUGAGAGUGAGGAAGCUUUACGCGUUGGUUUUCUGUGCAUUGCUGUCCCUGGAGAGGAUGAAUGCAACUAAAAAUGGGUUCCGAGACCCGAGGACAACAACAUACGUGCUCUAUUUUUUUUUUCCUAAUAAAAAAGGUUGAGAGAACCACAAAGAACCUUUGCUUCUUAUCAGCAUACUUCAGCUCUAGAAACCAUUCAAUACUAAAGGCCCCUCCAAAUCCCUG